AUGCCUCGCCAAAACGUCAGCUCCGGUUCCAAGUUCGAAGAGGAAAUCGGCUACUCCCGAGCCGUUAUCGUUGAUGACUGGAUCUUUGUGUCGGGGACCACUGGAUACAACUAUGAUACCGGCAAAAUCUCUGCAGAUGUCUACGACCAAACCGAGCAGACUAUGGCCAACAUCGACAAAGCGUUGAGGGAAGCUGGUUCUUCCGUGGCCGAAGUUGUCCGUGUGCGGUAUAUUCUUCCAAAUCGCAACGACUUUUCUUCCAUCAAGCCAGUGCUGAGAAAAUGGUUUGGCAACGUGCGGCCUGCGGCGACAAUGGUACAAGCUGAGCUGAUGCUGGACGAGAUGAAGAUUGAAAUAGAGGUGACGGCUAAGAAGGGAGCUGGAGUGGCGAGUUAA